AUGGAUAGUCAGCAAAAUAAAUACACUCCAAGCAUCCGAUUCAUAUUUAUACCGUCACAGUCAGUAGAUAUGGCAAACUCCACUUUGCACGUCUCUCCCCGCGGCGGUCAUCAUCCGAUCCAGAUCCAUCCAAUCCAACAAACAUGCGGGGAGAUGUUGCGAAUCGGCCGUCAGUGGCGGCGGGAGGGCGCCGACCUGUAA